UGAAGUACAAGAAUCUUAUUGCAAGAGCCCUGUACGAUAAUGUCCCCGAAUGUGCAGAAGAGUUAGCGUUCCGCAAAGGAGAUAUUUUGACGGUGAUAGAACAGAACACUGAAGGUCUUGAAGGAUGGUGGCUCUGCUCCUUACAUGGCCGGCAAGGCAUCGUUCCAGGCAACCGUGUGAAACUCCUGAUAGGUCCAGUGAUACAGGACAGUCCUUCUGCCCAGGAUAUGUCCAAUUCAGGAUUGAUGCAUCAGUCCUUCAACCAGCAAAAGAUCUACCAAGUUCCAAGCUCGCAUGCCUCAGCACAGGACCCUGUCUACCAAGUGCCACCUUCCCAUCUGAGUCGGGGAAUUUACCAAAUACCCACUGGUCACAGUCUAGUGGGACAAGAUAUUUACCACAUGCCACCCUCCAUGCAGAGAUGUACUGGCAGUCCAGCUCUGACUAACAAGGUAAUAACUCCAGUCAGGUCAGGACAAGGUUAUGUUUAUGAAUUCCCUUCCAAAUACCAAAAGGAUACCUAUGAUAUUCCCCCUGUUCGUCCUCUCCAAGGGACAUAUGACAUUCCCCCCACAUCGGUUAAGGGGCCUGCACUUCCAGUUCCCAUGGGAGAUGCAAAAGCUGUAGGAGUGUAUGACAUACCACCUGCCAAAGGGGUCUUUGCUACACCUCCAUCUGCAUGCCAUGAUAGAGGCCUGAGGGAAAAUCUGCAGGAUUUGUCAUCUCCAGUGGGCCACAUUGUAACACCAGAAGGAGUAUAUGAUAUUCCUCCUCCCAUCACCAAAGCAACUGGGAAGGAACUUCGUAAAUUUUCUCCUGAAAGCCUUUUAUUGGAUGGAGCGCCACAGAAACAGAAUGUUUAUGACAUUCCUAUGAAACAUCAAAACUGUUUUCUUGGACAGCAAAUUGCACCUCAGAAAGAUGUUUAUGAUACCCCAAGGGGAACUGCAUUCCCAGGACAACAAACAGGACUCAGUGAAAGUCUCAUCCCAGAAGAAAGAGAAGGUGUGUAUGAUGUGCCACCACCAGUCCUCCAAAACACUAAAGGCUUACAGGAUGUUACUGAUGGAAUAAAUAGGUUGUCCUUCUCCAGCACAGGAAGCACAAGGAGUAAUAUGUCCACAUCUUCAACAACAUCAAAAGACUCUUCUUUCUCAGCAUCAGCACAGGACAGAAGACUAAUCCUUGAUCCAGACACUGCUAUAGAGAGGCUUUAUUGCCUCCAGCAGAUGGUGGAGACAGCUGUCAAUAACCUCAUGGCCUUCAUUAUAGCAGACUGGCGGUCUUACGGAUAUAUGGAGAAACACAUCAAUGAAAUUCACACUGCUGUGGAUAAGGUAGAGCAGUCACUGUUGGAGUACCUCCAGUUUGCGAAGGGAUCAGCAGCCAAUGCUUCCUGCCUAUCUGAGUUCAGCCUCCUUAACAAAAUGAGAAGGGAGGUGCAAAGGCUGGAGGACUCUCACCAGAUCCUUACCCAAACCAGUCAGGACUUGAACAGCUACAACUGGUCUUUGAAUGUUCUAGCUGUCAACAAACUGCAGAACAAGUGUGAUGAUCUGGAUCGGUUUGUUAUGGUGGCAAGAACAGUCACGGAUGAUGCCAAGCAACUGACCACGACCAUCAGCAUCAAUGCAGAGGUGCUCUUUAAACAGGCGUUGAGCCGCUCACGUUCCAAAAACAUACCAGAGAAUAUCAUGAACGCUCCUGACUGUGUAUAUGACAGUCCUCAUAUGCAGCAUCAUGGAGAAAAAGCACAGCACUGCAGUUCUCGUCCUCCACUCUUGAGUAAAGGUCAGCACCCUCCAAAUAUCACCAGUGAGAGCUUGGAAAAGAGCUGGAUGGAUGACUAUGAUUAUGUACACCUGCAGGGGAAAGAAGAGUUUGAAAGGCAACAGAAGGAGCUGCUGGAAAAAGAAAAUAUCAUCAAGCAGAGCAAAAUGGAGCUAGAGCACCAUCAGAUCAAUCAGUUUCAGCGUCUGGAGCAAGAGAUCACAACGCCAGUAGAGAAUGACAUCUCAAAAUGGAAGCCACCUCAAGCUCUCCAGACUGCAAACAGCACUGCCACCUCCCAUGACAGCCAGCUGCUUUUAUUCUAUUCUGACCAAUGUGAGACUCAUUUCAACUCCCUCCUAAAUGCCAUUGAUGCCUUUUUCAGUUGCGUCAAUGCCUCUCAGCCCCCCCGAAUCUUCGUGGCUCACAGCAAGUUUAUCAUUUUGAGUGCUCACAAACUUGUGUUCAUUGGGGACAUGCUCACGAGGCAAGUGAUGACUCAGGACAUAAGCAACAAAGUGAUGAACUCCAGCAACCAGUUGUGUGAACUGCUGAAGAGUGUUGUUCUGGCUACCAAGAUGGCUGCCUUGCAUUACCCCAACACAGCAGCCCUACAGAAGAUGGUGGACCAAGUAACAGAGCUGUCUCAUCAUGCACAGUUGUUCAAACUGUCACUGGUCCAAAUGGCAUCCUUAUGA